CUUAACCCCACAUCACAACUCCAUACCAACAAUACUUUACAAAAUAUAUAGAAAAAAUGAGUGUGGGAUUGUUAGAUGGUGCCACUAUUCUCGGCUUUAUCGAAGACGAUGAAGCAUUCAGUAGUUCGGUUCAAGAUCGAUUUGCUUACUUGGAUACCAAUCAUGAUGGUAUCCUCUCCUAUUCGGAGAUGUUGAAAGAACUACAGUCUCUAAGAAUGAUUGAAACCCAUUUCGGGGUUGAUGUGAAACCCGACCCUAAAGAGCUCGCUAGUGUCUAUGAUUCCUCGUUCGUGCAGUUUGAUCGUGAUUCGAAUGGAACAGUGGAUUUUGAAGAAUUUAAGGCCGAGACAAAACUAAUGUUGCUUGCUAUGGCAGAUGAUCUUGGUUUCUUGCCUGUUCAAAUGAUUUUAGAUGAAGACAGCUUCCUAAAGAAAGCGGUUGAUAGGGAGGAUAUGAAGUUGCAGUCAGGUGUAUGAGAUUAGUAUGAACAUUUCUGCAUUUCACAUAUUAUGGUUUUUUACUUUUGUAUGAUACGAAUAUGUACUUUUGUAGUUGCUAACAAGUAACAAAGAAUAUGUAAUACAAAGAUUAAAAAAAUAAAAAUAUUAAUUUAUUUA